GGAAAACCCAGACUGCAACAACGAUACGUUUUCACUUUAAAAUACAGAUCGACUAGGCCUAUACCUCCUGCAGGCUUCAAAACAGCUUUUUUUCAGGCUUGGUUUCUGAGUGUUACGUGAAAUGUCUGCUUUGGGUUCUUUGGAGUUGUUAGCAGCUGGGUUCUCCGCAUCAUUCGGAGUCGAGGUUCUACCUCCGGGUGCAGCUACAGAUGGGGCAUCAAACGCUCCACAAAAGCUCACCAUCCACGACCUCUUUCACAUCUCCCAUUCCAUGGUUCCAAGGGAGAUGCCUGCUACGACUGGUGGUGAAAUCGAGGUGAAUAUUCGAGGUCUGACUGGGGCAACGACUAUGGUAAAAGUGACGCCAGAUACUACCAUUGGAGAGAUGAAGAAAAUGACGAGCGACAAGCUAGAAAUAUCAAAACUACUAAAAUUUAUUUUUGAUAGGAGGAUUCUGGAAGACGAGAAGACGGUUGCGAUGGAAGGAAUCUCAAAUGGUAGCACUGUAAACUACAUUAUUUUGAGCGAAGAUAGAAAAUCAGAUGGCAUCUUUCAAAUGGAUACCGCCUUACUCGCUCAAAAUAAAGAUUACGAUUUUACGACUCGGAAUGAUGGAAAUAAAGUCUUCAUGAGAGGGGAAUAUCGCUAUCAUCGUCCGUGUGGCUGGUAUAGAUACGCAGUUGCUGUAAAAGAUGUUUACAGUAAUAACACUUGGCUUGGGGUUGAUGGUAUACGAACGGAAACCUCUGCAGGAGAAUGGCCUGUCUCCUACCAUGGAACAAAGAUGAGAGACGAAGGUGAAGUUGUCCGGAAGUUCAGAGAGGGUCCUGAGGCAGAGUACAUCAAAGGAGUCUACAGCAGUCCUUCCUUGGCUAUGGUCGAUGAAUUCUACGCACAGAUUUUCGAAUUUGAAGGGAAAAGAUACAAGAUCGCCUUGCAGAAUCGAAUCAAUCCUGACAAGGCUGGUGGCCACAUGAAGAUCAUUCCAGCAGAUCAGACGGAAGUAGGAGCUGACUACUGGAUAUCACCAAUGGAAGAUCAAACUGAAGGAAUUUUUGAUGUCAGACCUUACGGCAUUAUCAUCAAACAAAUCUAAGGCUAACAAACGUUUUGUAUUAUCAACUGAAUCAGAUAUGAAAAAUACGAACUACAGUACAGUACAACAUAAAUACAAUAUAACCAUCUAUAAAGUGACCGUGUGUCAUGUUUCAUUAAGACACGUAACCUAAAUACUAACGGAUAUAUGUUGCCUGUGUU